AUGAACUUUAUCGACAAAUCCAAGAACCAGCCACGACAAAUCCCAAGAGAUGUGAGCGACUAUCACGUAGAUGAAAUGGCCCAAAUUCUCUACGAAUAUGGCUAUAAGGGUGAGUAUAUCUUGGGGAACAUAUUUCCCGGCGUUGCAGAGAGUCCGGGCAACGUACCGACAUUGAUACAGGAGAUAUCAUCUUUCCUCAAAAGAAAUCGAGAAAAGAUCUCAGAAACCAGCCCCGAAAGGUUGCACUAUGCUCGCUCUGCACUCCGCCGCUCGUACUUUCUGCGUGAUGCGCUGUUUUCGGAUGCGCUGCGAAAAGAACUCAAAAAGAAGUACGAGAUUGAAGCGGAGACGAAGAAGAAGAUGUUUAGAGGAGACCGUGAAUAUCUGUUUAUUGAUAUCAGCGCUACAAGUGAAAAGCAUCCAAAGGUAGACGUGGACGGAAUAGUGAGAAAGUUUCGCGAGAUCGACAACAAUAUUCAUUGGGACAACAUCGUUGCCAUGGGAGAAGCGUUGAACCGACUUGGUUCAUGUAAAUCAUAG